AUGGGAGACAUGGGAGAUCCACCAAAAAAAAAACGUCUGAUUUCCCUAUGUGUUGGUUGCGGCAAUCAAAUUCACGAUCAGUAUAUUCUGAGGGUUUCUCCGGAUUUGGAAUGGCAUGCGGCAUGUUUGAAAUGUGCGGAGUGUAAUCAGUAUUUGGACGAGAGCUGUACGUGCUUUGUUAGAGAUGGGAAAACCUACUGUAAAAGAGAUUAUAUCAGGUUGUACGGGAUCAAAUGCGCCAAGUGCAGCAUCGGCUUCAGCAAGAACGACUUCGUGAUGCGCGCCCGCUCCAAGGUGUACCACAUCGAGUGUUUCCGCUGCGUGGCCUGCAGCCGCCAGCUCAUCCCCGGGGACGAGUUCGCGCUGCGGGAGGACGGGCUCUUCUGCCGCGCGGAUCACGACGUGGUGGAGAGGGCCAGCCUGGGCGCCGGCGACCCGCUCAGCCCCCUGCACCCGGCGCGGCCGCUGCAAAUGGCAGCCGAGCCCAUCUCCGCCCGGCAGCCGGCCCUGCGGCCCCACGUCCACAAGCAGCCAGAGAAGACCACCCGCGUGCGGACUGUGUUGAACGAGAAGCAGCUGCACACCUUGCGGACCUGCUACGCCGCCAACCCCCGGCCCGACGCGCUCAUGAAGGAGCAACUGGUGGAGAUGACCGGCCUCAGUCCCCGCGUGAUCCGGGUCUGGUUUCAGAACAAGCGGUGCAAGGACAAGAAGCGGAGCAUCAUGAUGAAGCAGCUCCAGCAGCAGCAACCCAAUGACAAAACUAAUAUCCAGGGGAUGACAGGAACUCCCAUGGUGGCUGCCAGUCCAGAGAGACACGACGGUGGCUUACAGGCAAACCCAGUGGAGGUGCAAAGUUACCAGCCGCCUUGGAAAGUACUGAGUGACUUCGCCUUGCAGAGUGACAUAGAUCAGCCGGCUUUUCAGCAACUGGUCAAUUUUUCAGAAGGAGGACCGGGUUCUAAUUCCACUGGCAGUGAAGUGGCGUCGAUGUCCUCUCAGCUCCCAGAUACACCUAACAGCAUGGUAGCCAGUCCAAUUGAGGCAUGA